AUGAACAAUCUACGGAAUAGCUCCAAUAGGAGUAUGCGACUCGCUCGCCAGAUACGAAAAGCAUCGACCUCGAGUCAAACCCCCAACUCAACACCAUCCAUCUUCCGCAAAUACCGCGGCAUUAUACUGUGGACUUCAGUUGGCCUGGCAGUAGGCGGCACAACCGGCACAUUGGUCUCGCACACAAUCGCUCCUCCACCGCAUCCGCUACCAGGCACACAUGAGGAUGGCGUUCUCAUGCAAGACCUUAACAACCGCAUCGACUCCGAGUUCAAGGUCAAGGUGCUGCGAGGAAAGUGCACUGCUGUAGCAGCGAGUCUGCGCGGUGACGAAGGCGUCUGGCGCGAAUUGGAUCCCAAAACAUUGGAUGGCUCGCUUGUAAAAGACUCGUUGGCCGGUGCCCGUUCGCUGGGCGUUCAGCGCGUAUUCUGGAAUGAGAAAGAGCAUGAAUUGGUUGCUGUGGUGUGGUUCGGAGGUGCCAUGUCUGGAUGGCCUGGCGUUACACAUGGAGGUGGCAUUGCGACUGUUCUCGCGGACAAGAUGGCGUUGGCUGCUCGUCUUGCNAAAGGCAUUGCCCCUGCUCAGGACUCUUCCCAUGGUCCCUCGGAGCCGACGCGGCUGGAUUUGACCUACAAGAAGCCUACAUAUGCUAAUGCCUUUUACGUCGUGCGUGCCGUGCCCAGAUACGGCGCUUUCGAGACUUCGUCGCCCAACGAUAUGGAGGUUGAUGCUCAGCUCGAGACCUUGGAUGGCACAAUCUGCGUGCAGGUCAAGGGUGCUGUUCCUGUUUCUGAAGGGGAAAGUGCUAUCAAGUCUUCCAUCAAGAGUUUCACCCCGGCGAAGUCGUGGCUUGGCUGGGUAUCUCGCUCAGAUACAUGA